GCCAUGAAGUGUCACUACGAGGUGCUGGGGGUGAAGCGCGACGCCGCCGAGGAGGAGCUGAAGCGGGCGUACCGCCGGCUGGCGCUGCGCUGGCACCCCGAUAAAAACCUAGAGAACGCGGAGGAAGCAGCAGAGCAGUUCAAGUUAAUCCAGGCAGCGUAUGACAUUCUCAGUGACCCCCAGGAAAGAGCCUGGUAUGAUAAUCACAGGGAGGCUCUGCUGAAAGGAGGAGUCGAUGGAGACUAUCAAGAUGAUAGUUUAGAUCUGCUGCACUACUUCACUGUUAGCUGUUACUCUGGAUAUGGAGAUGAUGAGAAGGGAUUCUUUACAGUCUAUCGACAAGUUUUUGAAAAGAUUGCAAAAGAAGAGAUGGAAUAUAUGACCCAGGAAGAUACUGAAGAAUUCCCCAUGUUUGGAUAUUCCCAAAGUGACUAUGAUACGGUAGUCCACCCUUUCUAUGCAUAUUGGCAGAGUUUCUGUACUCAGAAAAACUUCGCUUGGAAAGAAGAAUAUGACACCCGACAAGCCUCAAACCGCUGGGAGAAACGAGCUAUGGAAAAAGAGAACAAGAAAACGAGGGAUAAAGCAAGGAAAGAGAGGAAUGAACUGGUCCGUCAGCUGGUAGCAUUUAUUCGCAAAAGGGAUAAAAGAGUACAGGCUCACAGAAAACUUGUGGAAGAACAAAAUGCAGAAAAAACCAGGAAAGCAGAGGAAUUUCGGAGGCAGCAGAAGCUCAAACAAGCCAAGCUUGCUGAACAGUAUAAAGAGCAGAGCUGGAUAACUAUGUCGGAUCUGGAGAGAGAGUUGCAAGAGAUGGAGGCACAAUAUGAAAAGGAAUUUGGAGAUGGAUCAGAUGAUGACAAUGAAUUAGAAGAACAGGAGACAAAAGGCAUAGAAGAGAAACUGAAUGAUGAGACUGAAGAAGCUGAAUUUGUUGAUGGUCUGUACUGCCCUGCUUGUGACAAAUUGUUAAAAACUGAGAAAGCCAUGAAGAAUCACGAAAAAUCAAAGAAGCAUCGAGAGAUGGUAGCACUGUUACGACAGCAACUGGAAGAAGAAGAAGAGAAAUUUCCUGUGUCUUUGGAUGAUGCAAAUAGAGUACAUACCAAAGAGGAGGAAGAAACAGAAGAUGUGCCCAAGCAGAAGUAUUUUAAAUUGGUUUUAAUUUUAUCACUCUCGAAGAAGCAGAGGAAGAAACAGAAAACAAUGAUGACUUACGAGGACUCUUUUGACAAAAGCGCUGAUGAAGAAACAGUUGAACAAAAGGAGGUGCCCUGCCUGGACAAGGACAGUGGCUCAGCGGAGGAUUUGGUAAAUGAUGGCCAAAGAUGUGCUGUGUCAGAGCAUGUAAGCACUACAGAAGAUGUCAGCCAAGUGAAUGAAGCAAAAACUGAAGCAAACAGUACUAAGCCUAAAGGGAAAAAAGCCAAGGAUGCAAAAAAGUCUGCUAAGGCAUCUUCAGAGCACCCAACAAUGAGUGAAGUUCCCAUCCACUGUGUAACCUGCAACUGUGCAUUUCCAUCCCGAAAUAAACUGUUUGAACACCUAAAAGCCACAGGACAUGCAAAAGCAACACAGGCACCAGCUGUAAAUGGAGCUGUAAACACCAGAAACAAAAAAGAGAAACGUAAAAACAGAUAGAACUUUGUUACAGUGACAGUCUUCAGCAUCAUACAUGAAAACUCUCCCAAAAACUGAAAAAACACACUGCCUGUGUUUGGAGUUAAACAGAGAAAGCAAGCCCUAAUUUUUGAAAAAAAGGAAGAUGCAACAAAAGGAGUAUUAUCUUGUGAAGGAACCUGGGCUUUCUUCUGGUCUUCAUCAGCCUUUCUUUAAUGACUGGAUUUGACCUACCAUCUCAGCAGCUUUCAUAUUGGAGGUGGGGAAACAGUAAUUCAAAGUGACUCAUCUUGCAUUCCUGUUGAAACUUGCAAGGAUAAAGUACCCACACAGAGGAAAUAAUAAAUUAUUUUAACACUUAUGUUGUUGCUGCUUUUCUUUUAAGAGGGCUUAGCUCAGGGUGAGUGUAGCCAAUAGAGGGGCCUGUGCUGCUCUGAUCAUCUAUCAAAGAUGAAACAUCACCAAGACAUGGAAAAACACAGGCUUUUCUGCCAUCCCCAAGGGCCCUUUCAAAUUACUUAAUUACAUUAAACAGCAGACAGAAGGGAAAG